CCAUUUCUCCUAUUUCUCCUUCAUCAUCUUCUUCUCUUUACACAAAUCCCUCUCCCUCUCAUUGAAUCAAUUUUCUUAAAUUUUCCACAAAUUUCGUUUCCAUUAGAUUCUCUCUCUCUCUUAUUUCCCAUUCUUUUCCCCUUUCCAUUUCCCUUUCUAUUUCGUCUCUAAUUUUUUUUUUCAAGAAUCCAAAAACCCACUUAACCUUUUUUAUUUCCUCAUUUUAUCUUCCCAGAUUUAGGGUUUCUCUUCAAAGCUAUAAUUUUUUUUCUUUGCAAUUUUCCCCAUUCAUUGUAUUAUUUGUUUAUUGUUUUUUAAUCAAAAAAAGGGGGAGACUUUUGUUGAAAAAAGACUUGUUCCAAGUGUUUUCCAUAUAUAUGACUGAUAUUAGGUAUUAGGGUUUUGAAGAUUCUUUUUUUUUUCUGGGGUCACCAAAAAGAAGUCAUUUUUGGUAAUUUCUUUUGGUUUUUUCUGGAUCUGAGGGUAAUUUCAAGAUUUAAAGCUGUUUAGUUGAAUUGGGUUUAAGUGAAAUCAAGAAAAGAUUCAAUCUUUGAGUAUGGAUCAUGUGGUGGGUGGCAAGUUUAAGCUAGGCCGAAAGAUCGGUAGUGGAUCUUUUGGGGAACUUUAUUUAGGGGUCAAUGUACAAACUGGAGAAGAAGUUGCUGUGAAGCUGGAAUCAACUAAAACAAAGCACCCUCAACUUCAUUAUGAAUCAAAGCUGUAUAUGCUUCUACAAGGAGGAACUGGAAUUCCACACCUCAAGUGGUUUGGCGUUGAAGGUGAAUACAAUGCCAUGGUUAUUGACCUUCUUGGGCCAAGUUUGGAAGACUUGUUUAACUAUUGCAAUAGGAGGUUCACUUUAAAGACAGUGUUAAUGCUGGCAGAUCAGUUGAUUAAUAGGGUUGAAUAUAUGCACUCGAGAGGAUUUCUUCACCGUGACAUUAAGCCCGACAACUUCUUAAUGGGUUUAGGGCGUAAAGCAAAUCAGGGUCUAGCCAACUGGCCAGGAAUGCAUUUGGUUCAAUUUCUAGGAGAAAUGCUCAAAAUCCAGUUUGUUUUCCAGGUAUACAUCAUUGACUACGGUCUUGCCAAGAAGUACAGAGAUCUUCAGACGCAUAAGCAUAUACCAUACAGGGAAAACAAAAACCUCACGGGAACUGCUCGUUAUGCUAGCGUUAACACCCAUCUUGGAGUUGAACAAAGCAGAAGAGACGAUCUGGAGUCUCUCGGUUAUGUGCUUAUGUAUUUCUUGAGAGGAAGUCUGCCGUGGCAAGGUUUGAAAGCUGGCACCAAAAAGCAGAAAUAUGAUAAGAUUAGUGAGAAGAAGAUGCUUACACCUAUAGAGGUGCUUUGCAAAUCCUAUCCCUCAGAAUUCAUAUCAUAUUUCCAUUACUGCCGAUCACUACGGUUUGAUGACAAGCCAGAUUACUCAUACCUGAAGAGGCUAUUCCGAGACCUUUUUAUUAGAGAAGGUUAUCAAUUUGACUAUGUAUUUGACUGGACUAUCUUGAAGUAUCCACAGAUUGGCUCUAGUUCAAGAGGACGACAACCUACUGGGAGAUUACCUGUGAACCCAGGACCAUCUGCUGAAAGAGCAGAAAAGAUUCCUGUGAGGCAGGAAAUUAAAGAUAGGUUUUCUGGUGCUGUUGAGGCGUUUACUAGAAGGAACGUAUCUGGAACUGGUUUGCAAGGGGACCAUUUGAGACACCACAGAUCUUCAGAAGAUGUACCAUCAUCCAAGGAUGUGCAAGCUGAUACUGAAAGAGGCCGUGUAACUCGGACCGGUAGCACCUCGAGGAGGGCGGCUGUAAUGGGAAGCAGCCGACCAAGCUCAUCUGGUGAACCCACUGACAAUCGCACUGGUCGUUUGGGUUCAAGUAGUGGCCGUAUUUCCACUACCCAAAGAGUACAACCUGGAUUUGAGUCCAAGUCAUCAUCUUUUACCCGCGCUACUGCAACAAGAGGCGGUAGGGAUGAUGCUCUUAGGAGCUUUGAGCUGCUAACUAUUGGCACUGGAAGAAGGAAAUGAGAGGCUAUAUGAUCUCUAAAUCUGCCCCCUCAAGUUGUGCAGCAGAUUGAGCAGCUUUCUUUAAGCACUUCCCGACAAUCGUGCACUGAUUCUUGCAAUUGAACAGACUUGCUAAACUUUCAGAGAUAGGGGGGCUGUUUCUCUGUUUGUAUAUUUGAGAAUGCCUCUCUAAUGUGUGUUGUUGUAGACCGGGAUCUGUCUCGAAAAUAAUAAUAUUUCACAUCUCUGUAAAUUGCUUCAUGCAGAGAUGAGCAUAGCUCCUUUUAUCUGAUGCAUGGCUGCUAUGUUUGCAAAUGGGGAGUUUGUUUAGUGGAAAGUAAAUAGUUCAUGGUUAUGCAGUGUAGUUCCGAUUACUUUAGGGGCUACCUCGGUACUUUUUCUUAGUUAUGUGGUUCUUGUGUCAAGAAAGAUAUUCAUAUACUUUAUGUAAUGUACCUUAUAUUUCUUCCUCCAAUCUUUCUUCCUCCUUUGUCGUCUUUCCUUAAGCA